AUGGCUGAAGCUGUUUUCAAACAUACAGUAAAACAAAAAGGAUUAGAAUCAAAAUUUAUAGUGGAUAGUUGUGGAACUAACGUCUGGCGUGAACCUCCUAAUCCAAAAAGUGUUGAAGUUUGUAGAAAACAUAAUAUAGAUAUUAAUCAUAGAUCCAGAAAAAUCUCAAAAGAAGAUUUUGACAAGUUUGACUAUGUUUUGUGUAUGGAUGAUAUGAAUUUACUUGAUGCAGAACGUCUUAAACCUGAAGCUUCAAAAUUGAUUGUCAAAUUUGGUGAGUAUGAUCCACAAGGUGAAAAAGUUAUUAGAGAUCCAUAUUUUGGCGAUAUUAAAGAUUACGAAACAAGUUUUGGCCAGACUAGUGUUAGUAGUAAUAAUAAUAAUGUCAUUAACUCGUUAGAGUUUUUGUCAAAAUUAUCAAAUGACAUUUCAUGGUUACUUCAUAAUAGUGAUGAUUGUGAUGUAUUAAUCCAAGUUGGUGAGGAACCGAAUUCAAAAAGGUUUCCUUGUCAUAUUGCAAUAUUACGUGCAAGGUCUUCAUAUUUCCGUAGAACUUUAUCAAAAGACUGCGAAGAGGAUGAAGAAACUUUAGUGAGACUAUUAACAUUAGGAGGUGAAUUGAUGUUGGAUCAGUAUUCUGAAAAACCUGCUUCGAUUUUUAGGUCUGAAGGGUUCAUCUCGUUAGAAGAACUAUUGGCUUCGUUGUUGAGACGAGAUGACAUUGGGAUGGAGGAAAUUGAAAUUUGGAAUUAUAUAAUCAGAUGGGGAAUUGCCAAUACGCUUGGUAUCCAUUUGAAACCUGGUAGUAUACCAAAUUCUAUAGCGUUGCCGCUAAGGGAUCAAGAGACAUUGUUACUCCAACUUUUACCAAAAGUUGCAUACGAUUUUAGAUUGUUAGUUAGAGGUUCGAACGAUGGUUUCGAUGCAUCGACAUUUCAUGCCAGGUGUGAUCGUAAAGAAGCAACGGUUGUUUUUAUAAGGAUUGAGAAUAGUGGAGAGAUGAUCAGUGGGUAUAAUUCCGCAUAUUGGAGAACAAGUGCUAUUUAUAUACAAUCAGAUAAAAGUUUUUUAUUUUCAUUGGGUGAUGGAAAAAAAUUACAAAAUGCCAUAUUAAGUAGAAUCAGAGAUUCAUCAAAUGCAAUGACGGUCAUGCUUCCUACGGCCCACAUUUUGGUACCAGUGAUUUAA